AAGCAGGAGCAUUUUGUUCAUGAGACAAGCACAACUGCUGCUCACCAUGGGGUCUGACUACUGAAAGUCACAUCGGGCACUUUGAUGAAACUUCUGGAAACGGUUUUGCUCAGUUUUCGGCCUCCCCACCCAUUUCUAAAUAUCGGUUACUUCAUUCAUGUCAAUAUAUCCUGAGAGGGGCGGCUCACUGCUGAAACGUUAGCUUGCCGGCUGAAGUUAUUUCCAGUUCAGACGAGUUCAGAAGUGGAGGAAACAAAGCAGGAUGUACCAUGAAGAAACUACAACGUUACCUAAGCCACGUUAUGGAACCAUUCAGGAUGACGAGAGGCUGUCAGCAGAGGAGAUGGAUGAGAGGAGGAGACAGAACAUCGCCUAUGAGUACCUUUGCCACCUGGAGGAGGCCAAAAGGUGGAUGGAGGCCUGCUUAGAAGAGGACUUGCCCCCUACCACAGAGCUUGAGGAAGGGCUUCGAAAUGGUGUUUAUCUUGGCAAACUUGCCAAUUUUUUUGCCCCCAAAAUGGUGUCUGAGAAAAGAAUCUAUGACAGAGAUCAGGCCCGAUAUAAGAGCAAAGGACUGCACUUCAGACACACUGACAACACAGUGCAGUGGCUCCGCGCCAUGGAGUCAGUAGGCCUCCCCAAGAUAUUUUAUCCUGAAACCACAGAUGUGUAUGAUCGCAAAAACAUGCCUAAGGUGGUAUACUGUAUACACGCUUUGAGCUUGUAUUUGUACAAAUUGGGAGUUGCACCACAGAUCCAGGACCUGCUGGGAAAAGUGGCCUUUACAGAGGAAGAGAUCAGUAACAUGAGGGUUGAACUGGACAAGUAUGGCAUUCAGAUGCCAGCUUUCAGUAAAAUUGGAGGUAUCUUGACCAACGAGCUCUCAGUGGAUGAAGCUGCUUUGCAUGCUGCUGUGAUUGCCAUCAAUGAUGCUAUUGACAGAGGUGUUGCAUCUGAGACACUGCGAGCCCUGAACAAUCCCAAUGCAAUGCUGAGGAACACCCAGGAAGCUCUGGCACAAAACUACCAGGACACACUAAACCAGGCCAAGGCUCGCAAGCAGAAUCAGGCCUCAGGGAGGCGGUCCUCCGUUGCUGCUGAAGAAAGAGAUGUGUAUGAGGAGCUACUGACUCAACAGGAAAUCCAGAGCUGCAUUGACUUAGACAACUUCCAGGCAGCAGUAAAGCAAGUUAAUGAAGCAGUUUCGGUUCAAGAUGAAGUCGCUCUGUUGGCUGCACUUAGACUUGAACCUCUGGCCUUGUUGGGUGUUCAAGAGACAAACAGUCAUUGGUACCUGGAACAUUUUUCCACUUACUGCCAACAUAAAUCCAAGGAUGGAGGAAAAGCUUUUACGCUGGACAAAGUAGAGAUCCAGAGAGUUGUGAGCUCUUGCAAUGACUUUGCUGAGGCAGAGAAACGAAAACUGGAAGCAGUGUCAAGGAUUAAUACAGCCAUUCGUCUUGGCGAUGCUUUGGAGACCGUGGAGGAGCUGAUGAACCCUGAGGCACAGCUGCCAAUUGUCUACCAAACUGCUGCCAACCUCUACCAGUCGGAGCUUUUCAGUUUGCAGCUACAAGGACCACGGUCUGGACUGAGUCAUGAAGAACUGAGUGUAGCUGUGGAGAUGCUGUCAGCAGUAGCAGUGCUGAAUGAGGUGCUAGACACCAAAGACCCUCAGGCUGUGAUUGAGCAGUUAACAGACUCCCCUUUGGGCUUUACCAACAUAGAACACGACAACCUCAACAGGUAUGCUGACAUGCUCAUCAAACAGCGAGCUGAGUCUCUUGCCAAAGGCCAAGAGUUUCUCACUUGGAACGACGUACAGAAGUGUAUUGACACGGUCAAUGUCCAGGUCCAUGAAGAGCAUGAACGCAUCAUAGCUAUAGCUGAGAUCAACGAGGCUCUUAACUCAGGUGAUCAUCAGCAGACACUUGCAGCGCUGCUUCUCCCUACAGCCAAGUUGACUGGAGUGAACCCAGCCACAGCUAAGCACUACCAUGAUGUCCUACAGCAUACUAAACAACUUCUCUGCCAGAGUUCUGGUGAUGAGUCUACAGUCCUCUGGCUGGACCAAAUCCAAGAGGCCAUACUUUCAGCCAAUCAGGAUGAAGAGGAGGCUCUCACAUUGUCUCGAGCAGUGGCUCAUAUUAACAGGAUGGUGGCUGAGGGGGACUCCCAGACCAUCUUGCAGUCUUUGCAGGAUCCCAAUGCAGGACUGAGAGCAGUGCUUCCUGAAUGUGCUGACACAUACCUUGCUGAGCUGGCGCUGAAGCAAACUACUACUGCAGGCAGCACUGAUACUAUGUGGGUAAAGCAUUGCAUCAAAGACAGAUAUGACUACUACUAUAAUUUGGAGACUCAGCAGGGCACCUGGGAGGAGCCUGAAGGAUUUGAACAUCACAAAGGCCAGCUCAGUAAAGAGGAAAUCCAGAAUGUAAUCAGCUGUGUGACUGCUGAAUAUAACAGGGAGCAACUUUGGCUGGCAAAUGAAUCUUUUGUGAUUCAGCUGCAGGCGAGGAUCAGGGGUUACCUGGUCAGAAAAACUCACACCAAGAGAAUGGAGUAUUUACGCCAACAAGAACCAUAUGUAGUCAAAUUGCAGGCUUGCUGGAAAGGUUAUAAACAGAGGAAAAUAUAUAAAGAGAGGAUGAAUUUGCUUCAAAAAAAUGUUGCUACUGUGGUCAAGAUCCAGUCUUUGGUGAAAAUGUGGAAAGCAAAAAGAAAAUACAGUCAGAGGCGGCAGUUCUUCAAAGAUCAUGAAAAAGAAAUUGUCAAAAUCCAAGCUUUCCUAAAAGCCAAUAAAGCCAGAGACGACUACAGAACCCUGACUGGGGCCAGAGAUCCUCCUCUCUCAGUGGUUCGCAAGUUUGUCCACUUGUUGGAGCAGAGUCCCCUAGACGUACAGGAAGAACAGGAUGUAACGCGGCUCAGAGAGGAAGUGGUCACAAAGAUUCGCUCCAAUCAACAGAUGGAGACAGACUUGAACCUGAUGGACAUAAAGAUCGGACUGCUGGUGAAGAACCGGAUCACUCUGCAGGAUGUUGUGUCCCAUAGUAAGAAAAUGAAGAGCAAAAAAAGUAAAGCAAGUAAAGAUGACCUGACUGCAGGAGACAGGCUGGGUAUUAAGGGUCUCAGUAAAGGCAAAAGAAGGAAACUGGAACUUUAUCAACAUCUCUUUUACCUGCUACAGACCAAUCCCUCCCAUCUGGCUAAGCUGAUCUUCCAGAUGCCCCAAAACAAAUCAACAAAGUUUAUGGACACUGUGAUCUUCACCCUGUACAACUAUGCCUCUAACCAAAGAGAAGAAUACCUGCUGCUUAAACUCUUCAAGACUGCUCUGGAGGAAGAGAUCAAUUCUAAGGUGGACCAGAUUCAGGACAUAGUAACAGGCAACCCAACAGUCAUCAAGAUGGUGGUGAGCUUUAACAGAGGUGCACGUGGUCACAACACCCUCAGGCAGCUGUUGGCUCCAGUGGUCAAAGACAUCAUUGAUGACAAGAGUUUAGGCAUCAACACCAACCCUGUGGAUGUGUACAAAGCCUGGGUCAACCAGCUGGAGUCGGCUACUGGAGAGGCCAGUAAGCUCCCCUAUGAAGUAACUCCUGAGCAAGCCAUGUCACACGAGGAAGUACGCAACAGGCUGCAAGCAUCCAGUCUGGCACUACGAUCUGCCACAGAUAAGGUCUUGAACUCCAUUGUGUCCUCUCUGGAUAAUAUCCCUUAUGGCAUGAGAUACAUUGCAAAGGUUCUCAAGAACAGCCUCCAUGAAAAGUUUCCAGAAGCCUCAGAAGAUGAGUUGCUAAAGAUUGUAGGAAACUUGUUGUAUUACCGCUUCAUGAACCCUGCCAUUGUGGCGCCUGAUGGCUUUGACAUCAUCGACAUGUCAGCAGGAGGGCAGCUUCAUCUAGACCAGCGACGUAACCUGGGAUCUGUGGCAAAGAUGCUCCAGCAUGCCGCUGCCAAUAAGUUGUUUGAGGGCGAGAAUGCACAUAUGACACCAAUGAACAACUAUAUAUCUCAGACAUAUGAGAAGUUCAGGUUAUUUUUCCAGUCUGCAUGUGAUGUUCCUGAACCAGAGGAGAAGUUUAAUAUUGAUGAAUACUCAGACAUGGUGACCUUGAGCAAACCUAUUAUCUACAUCUCAAUAGAGGAGAUCAUCAACACCCACACGCUGCUCUUGGAACAUCUGGAGGCCAUCUCUCCAGAUCGCAAUGACUUGCUACAUGAGCUGCUGCAGGACCUGGGAGAUGUGCCUGACAUAGAGGAAUUGCUCGGGGAAGGAGCGGUAGACCCAAAUGAUGUAAACAGAGAGAGCGCUCUGAGCCAGCUGGCAAAGACUGAGAUCUCCCUUACCCUAACCAGCAAGUUUGAGCUGCUGGAGGGGGAUGACAAAGACAUGAAGACCCUUAUGACAAAGACAAAAAAGCUAAUAGUUGACGUGGUUCGGAUUCAGCCUGGAGAGACAUUACCUGAAAUUCUUGAGACCCCAGCUUCUCCUCUACAGGAGUUGGAGCAUACAAAGAUUGUAGAACGCAGGGCAGUCCAGGAUGCUCAGGCACCAGAGGGCCUAAAAAGCAGCCCAGCAGUACUAGAGGACAGCCAGCUGCCUCUGGAGCAGAAGAAGAGGAAGGUCCUGAGGAACCUCCGUAAUCUUGAGCAAGCUGGCCUUGUGACUGCCAGCAACAAAUACCAGGACCUCAUCAAUGACAUAGCUAAGGACAUUCGGUACCAGAGGCGCUACAGACAGCGGAGGAAGGCUGAGCUUACGAAGCUUCAGCAGACAUUGACUGCACUAAACUCAAAAACUACGUUCUACCAGGAGCAGAUGAACUACUAUGAUACGUACAUCAAGACUUGCCUGGAUAACCUCAACCGAAAGAAAUCACACAGAUCUAUAAAACUGGACAGCAGAAGAGAUGAAAAGGGCAGUAAGAAGUGGAAGCCCCAAUCUCUGAAGUACACUGCAGCCAGACUGCAUGAGAAGGGUGUCAUCCUGGAGAUAGAGGGUCUUCAGACAAACCAGUUCAAAAAUGUCAUGUUUGACAUUUCACCUGCUGAGGAAGUUGGCGAUUUUGAGGUGAAGGCUAAGUUUAUGGGGGUUGAGAUGGAAAAAGUCCAGCUUCAUUUCCAGGACCUCCUGCAGCUGCAGUAUGAAGGCGUGGCUGUCAUGAAGAUGUUUGAUAAAGCCAAAGUGAACGUCAAUUUACUCAUCUUUCUCCUGAACAAGAAAUUCUAUGGAAAAUGAAUGCUGGGAGCAGAGUGACAAAAGUAUGUCAGGAAACUGGCUGUGCCUUCUCACAGUCCUGCGUUUAUUUAAAAAUAAAUCAUUGUAGUCUGAAAACUUCACAUAGCGUAACACUGUUUGAUUUUUUUCCAUCUGUUUUUAAUUUAAUGAAAUGCACCAAAUGAAAUGUUAACUUGGCGUGCUUGUUCUGUAUUUUUCCACGUGGUGAUUGUAAGUGUACUUUUAGGAAUGACAUUGUAAUAGUUUUCAUGUAUAAAACACAGUUAUUGUAACUCUGGUGAGGGGGUUGGGUGGAAAUUACAGGAGAAGCAGGAGCACUGUGUUCAGCAAUGAAGCUAGUCUGCCUGACUAUAACAAAACUACAGUUUACCUGUGCCUUUUAAACAUUAAAAUAAAUGUAUUUUAAUUCCUCGUGAAAGCUAGAGCAGUUUUUUAUGUAAUGUGCAUAAUAAAUAACAUUUAAAUGA